AUGCCAAUUUGUAGUCAACCGGAUCCAAAUGAAGACUACUGUGCUUGUUGUCACAAUGGUGGAGAUGUGUUGUGUUGUGAUAAAUGUCCAAGAGUUUAUCAUUUACAAUGUCACAUUCCACCAUUACAGUGUGUUCCUCCAGGUGUAUUUGUAUGUUUACUAUGCGAGCCUACAGAAGUUGUUACUACUGUGGAAGAACAAGAUGCUGAAAUGGUAAAUGGUGGAACAAAACGUAAAGCUCCAUCUGGACUUUCAGACAAAGAAUUAAAGAUCUGUGAGAAGAUUUUACUAGAAUUGUUUUGUCAUCAACAAAGUGUGGCAUUCCAUGAACCUGUUGGCAGAAAUGUAUUAAAUUAUCACAAAAUUGUUCUGAAACCACAAGAUUUUACAACUAUUAAAUGUAAAUUAUCACGACAACAUUUUAACCAUUAUAACUCAGUGUAUGAUUUCCUAUCAGAUGUUAAACAGGUCUUUAAUAAUUGUGCUUUAUAUAAUGAUCCUUUAUCUGAGGUUGGAAAAGCUGGUAAAGUUGUGAAUAAAUUCCUUGAAGACUUGGUUGAGGAAAAUUUGCCAGCCUAUUUAAAGUUUGUUAAAAAGGAGGCUGGAGCCUCAAGUGACAAAAAUAAUUCUGGAAUCUCUAGUCCAAAGAGACAACGUUUGGAUGAUGAUACUACUUCAACGUGA